AUGGUCUCUCACAUUGGUCGUGUUAUGUUUCGAUUCAUUGAAACUGAUUUCAAUAAUGAGGGCUCAUCUAACCUUGAUUAUGUGCGGAUCAGGAUACUCGCUUCUACUGCAACUCCUCUGCGUUUUCAACGUCAAUUUCAGUUUGGUAGUCAAACUGUUACUCUCCGGUUUCGAUAUGAAAAGCUACGAGGUUUCUGUAACCAGUGUGGACUAAUGACCCACAGCACUUCAGAGUGUCCAACAGAGGAAGAUAACAACCCACAUCAUGGUCCUGAAGAUGAUGAUGACGAUGCAGAUGAUGAUGAUCCUCCUCCAGGGUUCCCCGAGAAGGAUCACAACGAACCGACGUUUCCACAUGUGCAAGAGACGCAACACAAUCAUGACACCGGUUCAGCAUCUGCAUCAAAAAAAAAGGAAAACAGAGGAACCUUCCUCUGCUACUGCAACGCGAGUUUCAUGUAA